CUUGAGUAUUGCUGAUAACGUUAACACUAAAGACUACAAGACAAUGGUAUUGUCUCAUGGGAAUGCACACUCCCACACUGCAAAGAUGGAACAGAUAAUCACUGAAUUUUUCGCGAAAACUCUUCACAUCAUACUUGAAUCAAGGGCACUUUCCGCGUCUUCGCGUAAUUCCUAUGGUGGUGGUGAUAGAUCAGAUUCAUCACCGUGUUCGUCUUCUUCGCCCUCGCCUAGUGUGAGACCGAGGGAUAAAUGGUUCAAUUUGGCACUCCGGGAGUGUCCUGCGGCGUUGGUCAAUAUUAACAAUCUUGAAUGCCUUAUCAUUGAUGUGAUUUUGGUUCAUAGGUCUCUAGAUUUCGACCCCAUGACCCCAAAAAGGGUUCUUCCUAGGAGUUCUUCACGGAAAGAAAGAUAUCCACUUUGCUACAUUAGGGAAGAAGUAGGGGUUGAUGCAAAGAGUGAAAAGAUUGUAGAGAGGUGGGUUGUGCAAUAUGAGAAUAGGAAGAUAAAGGAUUCUAAUUCGGGAACUAGGAGGUGGAGCAAUUUUUUGUUGCAAAACUUGUAUAAGAAAUUAACGAACAUGUUGAGAUCUUUGUAUGCCAAAGUUAGACUUUUACCUGCCUAUAAAAUUUUCAAAGAUCUUAGUUCGUCUGCAGAGAUUCGUCCCUUUACCCUUGCUCAUUGCGUGUCUUCUUUUGUUGAGCCGUUCACACUAAAAGAAGAGUCUGAAAUGAUGAAAUAUAGGUUUACUCCUGUGGAUACUUCUUCUGGUAGGCUCUGCCUUGAAGUGAUGUAUUGCCCCUUGACCUCAAAUUUGAUCGGUUAUCCGUUAUCUUUGUUCUCUCGAGUUAUUCCUGACUAUGUUGGAAGCCCGUUGGCAGAUCCAUCAAGGAAGCUCCCAUUGUUUCCUUUGGAAGGAGUUCCAUGUCAUGGCUCUCCAUCGGCAAGGCGACAUAGUUCCAAUUUUGAUGAUUGUAAAGCCUCGUCUACUUCCAUCACUGAUCCAUCUUUGCCAAAAUCACACGUAUCCGUGUCUAAUUCAAGUUCAUGUAUUUUUCCACCUGGAAGUUUGGCUCCUUCAAUUCAGAAAAAUGGUGCAAGUAUUGAUGAUGGUUUUAAUCCCUCUCCAUCACCUUCAACCUACUAUACUUGUUCUUCAUCAUCCACUACACUUUUAGGAUCUGAAGCUGUUAAUUCCUCCGGAUACACCGAUAGAAGUACAAAUGUGAUGCAAAGUGGAGCAACUGCUGAGAAGGUAUUUUCUCUAGGAAAAGUAGAAAGUUUGCGGCGUAGUUUGAUUUCCAGUAGGUCUUACCGGAAUGAUUUUGAUGGUACUGAUAUUAGUUGUCCAUUUGACGUGGAUUAUGAUGAUAUGAAAGGUACAGGAAGCAGAAAAUCAAAUGAUGCUGCUGUCGGUACGCUUGUAGAUAUGCUAAAGAAAGCACGACCUCUCCAUCAAGAUCUUUACUCUUCAAAACACCACUCUCUACAUUGUGUAGGGAUGCGCCGACCAGCAAUUCCCACCUUGAGGGCCAAUCUCACAACUAAACCUAAUGACGUAUCUAUAGGAAGUAGGAAAACAACACGUGAUGCAUUGGAAGAGUACGAAGAUUACUUGGAGAUCAAAAAAUGGUUGGUUAGUAAGCCACAAAUAUAGUACAUACAAAUUACCGACUUCUAACGGUUCCAAAUGUGAA